AUGCGUCGAGACGACGAACUGCCGCUCGUAUUAGAGGGAAUAAGCACGAUGAGAGGCUACGCGCUUUUUGGAGCCGCUUGGCUAGCCUCCAGUAGCAGGACACCUCCAUCAUAUGGACAGCCACCCACAGCUUACGGGGCCGCGCAGACGAGCGGACACAAUUCCCUGACGUGGCAUCAUGUUCCGUACAAAAUGCAGUAUCCGCAUACAUCGAAUGCUUCUUCUGGCUUCGCGAAUCAGACGGCCACGAACGAGCCACCGUCAUACGGUACAUCAAUAAGGCAAACGUCGAACCCGUCAUCGAACACUACCUUUUAUCCUACGUCCUCGAGACCCGCCUCAAUCUCGCCCAUUGUACCGACAAACUUCACGGUAUUGCCGGUACCUACACCAAGCGGCCCGAUCUCUGCCAAUACCACGAAGACCGGCUCUCUGAACUGUGCAAGCUGCUUGUUCGGCGCUGCCACGGCAACGCUGCACAGAUUUCCAUACACGUUCGUGGCGACGCUCACCGUUACAAUCGCGCCACAGGUGAUCAUCCACCCGAAUGGCUCGCGUGAGGCCACGACCAUUACGCGAAGUCCAACUCAGCUAUCAAGCUUCCAGUCCGCAGCGAGUACGUUGAGAACGUUCACAGACGACCGCGAGAAGACUUGGUCUACUCUUGGCGUGACCAUGUCAUUUCCCACGACCUACAUUCAGUACGCCAGCUUCGAACGAGCACAGCUGCGCAACGCCAGCGGAAGAAUCGCGAAUUGUAGUGGUGCUUACACCUGCUGGGGCCAUGUUCACCGUAACGAAUAUGUCAAAGUUGCCGGGUCCUCUACCGACAGCGCUGGUGAGCUAUCUCGAUCGCAUCGGAAGCAAUGGAUCGUAUACAGCCCUCAAGGGCGUCGCGAAGUGCUCGCCAUUGAGGCCUACGGCAAUUGUCAAGCCGGCUCCACGGCCGCCGCGCGGGACCAGCACAAGCACAUGCUAUACUCUUACGAGUACGCUAAUGCCUAG